UCUAAAGCACAAAAUACUUUGUAUUAUUGGAAAUCAACUGGCAUUAUUAAACAUGCCAUGACAGACUGUAAUAACAUCUACCAGCUCCAUUAAAGACACUGAACUCUGCUUCUUGCAUGUUUGUCUAGUGAACAUUUUAAAUAAAGUUGUGUGAGUGACCUGCAGGGGGCAGCAGCGGAUCAUAUGCGCACUAAAGCGGAACAGGAACCUUUAUUUCAGGGAGGUGUUUCCCUCCGGAGCUGUUAGAGGCGCGUACAGCAGUUGCAGGACCGCGCUGUUUUGUGUUGUAUUGAUCAGUGUUCUCAGAUUGAUCGAUCAAGAGGACCGUGAUGCAGUGCGGCUGGCCUCUGUUAGGUCCGCUGCAGUGGAUCCGUUACGUCAACAAACAGGUGAAGGUGAAGGCGGGAAAAGACGAGGAGCUCUGUGGCUGGCUGCUGACUGUGGACCCGGUGUCCGCCAGUCUGGUCAUGGUGGACUUCGGUGAGGUGGGCGGAGCCUCGGUGCGGGUGGUGAUGGGUCACGCGGUGCAGCAGGUGGAGGUCCUGCAGGAUGCGGAUGAGGAGACAGCACGGCGGCUGCAGGCGGUCUUCACCCCCCCUGAGACCCGUGGCUUGGACCUGGAUCCGGAGCAGCUGCGGCGGCGGCGGGACUGCGUGCGGCGCUGGCUGGAGAAGAACCGGGUCCCGGUGCAGGAGGACGGCGAGCAGCUGAUGGUGGCCGGAGCGCUGACGCUCGCCGCUCCGUACAGACCGGAGGACUGCAGCAGCUCCAACCAGAUCAUCCUGGACCGGGUCCAGAGGCUGUUACGGGCCGAUCCGCAUCACCUGAGCCCACCUGAGGACGCAGACCAGGACCAGGCCUGAAAACUGACAAAUCCUCCAAUCACACUGCUGCUUUGGCGGACCAAUCAGAGCCAGCUGAUCUGGAACCUGUUCGACUCUUUGACCAAUUAAAAUGACAGUUGAAGCUCCGCCCCUUUCCUGCUGAUGUCAUCACUGUGACGUCAUGACUGAUCAAUAUAUUUGAUAAUUUAAUAUGAAUAAUGUUUGUUUUCUUUCAAUAAAAGAUUAAAUAUCUGAACAAGUUUGUCUCAAUGAAAUACAAAUCUGAUCAGAAACUAUCUGAUCAAUAAGAUGAUCAAUCUGAUCAGAAACUAUCUGAUCAAUCAGAUGAUCAAUCUGAACUAAACUGCAGCUGAAAACUUUCAGUUUUUGGCCUCAAAUGAAAUAAAAUCAGGAAAAAUGUAAA